AUGGAGCAUGCAUAUUGUGCCGUUCAACAUAACACUGAACACAAUCAUGAUUUUGUUCCAUCGACAGAAAGACAUCAUAUGAAAUCUGUAAGAAAAAUAAAGGAAGAAAUAGGAAAAGUGAUUGAAAAAAUUAUUGAAAGUGGUAUUAAGCCAAUGGAUAUAUAUCAAUUUCUAUCAAAUGAGGCUGGAUUAGAAGAGGCUUUGGUAAACACAAAGAGAGAUCUAUUAAAUUAUGUGACUAGAUAUAAAGCAGAAAUGAUUGAAGGUGGAGAUAUGCAAAGUGUUUUGGAUACACUACAGGAAAGAGCAUAUUCUGAUUCCUCAUUCUUAUAUCUAUUGAAAUUUGGUGAAUGUGAUCAAAUUGUAAGUUAUUUUUGGCGUGAUUCAAUGAUGCUAGAAGAUUACAAAGCCUUUGGUGAUGUAGUUGUAUUUGAUACAACUUAUAGGACAAAUAACUAUGGUUUAAUCUAUGCACCAAUAGUUGGGGCAAACAACCAUUAG